UAAGUGCCACAAUGGAGGAAUCUUCAUUUACUAUUCCAGCUGAUGACAAUGGUGAUUCUGAGCUUGAUCCUAGAAUACAGGUCAGUGAGUGACAAUAUAUUGAAUAAUUAAUUGUUCACCUUUGUAACUGCAAAAAUGAGUGUCAACUUCGUAGAUUAUUUCGCCAACGAGCAUUAUGGAUAUGAUAUUUUAUAUCAAAACAUGAAAUUCGGAUUUAUAGCCAGCAAAGAACUCUCGGAGUAUCUUAGGGAGCGAUCAAACAUUGAGGAGACGAAUUCUAAGUUAUUAGCUAAACUAGCUAAACAAGCUAAUAGCAAUUGCGCACAGGGUACAUUUGCACCUUUUUGGACCGUUCUAAAAUGUUCAGCGGAAAAACUGUCAAACUUACAUCAGCACAUGUUCCAAAAGGUUGGUGAACUUGUCAAAGAUGUUGCUCGUUAUGCUGAGGAGUUACAUAAAAAGCAUAAGGCUGUUAAAGACUCAGAAUCGAGUACAUUAGAAGUUGUUUUACUGAUACAAAGCACAAAGCAAGCCUUGCAGAAAGCUAAGGAUGUGUAUACAACAAAGUCAACUGAGCUAGAGAAACUACGCAAAGAUAAUGCAUCUGCUAAAGAUAUUGAAAAAUCUGAAGUGAAACUAAAAAAACUUCAUGAGGACUAUAGACAACUUGCUGAGAAGUACAAUCUUGUGAAACAAGAUUUUGAAAAGAAAAUGACACAAACUUGUAAACAUUUCCAGGAUGUUGAAGAAGCUCAUCUAAAACAAAUGAAACAGUUUGUAAAUGUUUAUGCAGACAUUAUUCAGAACAAUCACGAUAUGAUGGGACAAGUUCAUAGGGACUUUAAGCACCAAUGCCUAGAGUUGACCGUUGAAAAGUUAUUAGAACAGUUUCUGGUAGAAAAGUAUAAUGCAAUAGAUAAAGCUAAUCUUGUUGAAUUGCCACCUGCACUCCCUAAACCUGGUUCUGCUAAUAAUUCUAUUUCAGAAGCAGACCAAAUAUCAACAAUUUCCAAUGGCUCACAUAAACCACAACCAGUUCCUAAAACGGCAGCUAAAAAAGAUCAACAAUCAUUUGUUACAAAAACUUCUAGAAGGACUACCUCUCUUCUUAAUUUGUUCACACCAAAUUUCCAAAGUAAAGAUGAGCCUAGCGUAAGUGCCGAUGGGGCAGCACCAUGCUCAGCUCCAUCCAGCCCCAGUGGCACUUCAGCCACACCUGCGGCUCAGGAUAAAGAUGACAACAUGGGACGAUCAACAUUCCGGGAAUCUAAAUGGUUUCGCAGUAGACGUACAAAAACUAAAAAUAAGAAAUUGAAAAAGAAAAAGGAUGAAAUUUCAGAGAAUUCAAAUGCAGGUGAUAGGUCUGAUUUAGAAGAGAAAGAGGAAGAAGUGCCCACAAAAGAUGAUUUAAUGAAUUCCCCUGAGGUUGAUGAGGAAGGGUUCUGUAUAAGGCCUAAAGAUGAAAAAGGGAGUGUGUACUCUUCUUCUGACUCAGAUUCUGAGGAAGAAAGAGAACAGAAGAUUCAUGUUGAAAUUAAACCUAUUACUAAUGGUAGUGCCCCCAUGUCGGCUAGUGUAGAUGAACUGAGAGCCACAGUUGAAAACAUAUCUUUGUACAAAAUUGGUACAACUCGCAGAGGCUCCAAUGCAAAUACAAGUAAAGCCAGUAGUGACCUCCUGGAUAUCAAUUUCUUUCAAAGUCCCAAUAUAAGCAAUCCAGCCUCACCACAUGGCAAUGUUUCAAAUCCAUAUGCACCUUUGCAGCCGAACCAAUCACACUUAUUGGAAAGCCCUACUCCAGUUUCAACUGCGGAUGUCGGAGACCUUUUCUCUGAAGUUGGGGAUUUGGGGCAAUCUAACUUCAGAACAUCGACUCCCACAAUAACAACUAUUUCUCUGCCUAGACCGCCUUCGCGGCGAUCUGAAGGAGACUUUCGAGCAGCUGCGUCCUCAGGUUCUAGAGGGCCCUCUCCUCUCACAAUAGGUAUGGCAGAUACUAUACCCCUUGCUGUAGCUUUCCAUGAAAUUAUUCACUCCUAUUUUAGAGGAACAGAAGAGAGUAAAUGUCAAGUAAAAAUGUCAGGAGAUAUGAUGUUAUCAUUCCCAACUGGCAUAGUGGGAGUUUUAGCCAACAACCCCAAUCCAGCAAAGUUAUGUUUCAGACUAAAAAAUAUACAUAGACUAGACAAUGUCUUACCUAACAAGCAACUGAUUAGUAUCAACACAAUGAUGUCAACGAGAGAUACUACUGUUGUAGAUUUCAACAUGCCUGCAUUAACAUCAUUGUUGAAAAGACAAUCUGAAAAGAAUCCAACGGCUCAAUAUUUCAAUGUAGAUAUAUUGAAGUAUCAAAUACGGCCCAAAACCGGAGCAGCAUCAUGUCCAUUUCAAUUAGUUUCUUAUUGGAAAUGUGAACAAGAUCACACAGAUCUGAAAGUAGAUUAUAAAUAUAAUCUUCAUGCGAUGAGUCCUCCAUCCCCUCUUCUCAAUGUUUCAGUUUGUGUACCCAUCAAUGUGGGUGUUAAAAAUGUUAUAGCCAUGCCCAAGAGUAUAUGGAAUGGAGAAAAUGGUCAGGCAUUGUGGAGAUUCACAGAGCUGUCUCAGCACUCUGAAGAUAGAGGGGUGGGAUCGUUGAGGGCUAGAUUCGAACUGAACAAUGGUCCAUCAUCUAAAGGAACUAUAUCCGCUCAGUUUAACUGUGAAGGGGCUACUCUAUCCGGUAUAGAGUUCGAACUAGUAGGUAGCGGUUAUCGCCUAUCUCUAGUGAAACGACGUUUCGUUUCUGGAAAAUAUAUUUGUGAUAGUGAUUUUUACUAAUUGGUCCAAUACCUUAUGAAUUACAUUUUAAUAUUUCUUUCGAUGUACAGAAUAUGCGAUGCUAAGUAAUUUUGUUUGAGAUAGAUGUAUGUACCUUAUAGGAUUGUUUCCUGU